CGAUGGCUGCUGCACUCUCACUCGAUCUGUUGCCAGAAAAUCCAAGUCAAAGGAUGCAUCCAUUUGAGCUCUCACUUUCAACAAUGAACUUGAUGACCAGCCAAGACAAUAAUGCCUCACAUGCUGCCCCUAUCCUCCCUUAUACAUAGCAACCCUGGAGCAUAUCAUUUCUCACAAAACAGAAAAUAGCUGUUAGAUUUCCCAACCAUGAAAGCCCUCUUCAUCUCCUUACUUGUUCUCAAUCUCCUUUCACUCUCCUUUUCAGAACUUUGCAAUCCCCAUGAUAAACAAGUUCUCCUCCAAAUUAAAAACCAUUUUGGUGAUCCUUACCUCCUAGCCUCAUGGCUAUCGGACACGGACUGCUGCACAUCUUGGAACCAGGUGGAGUGUGACGCUACCACCAACCGCAUUGUUUCCCUAAGAAUCUUUUCUGGCGACCUUUCUGGUGAAAUCCCUGCUGAAGUUGGGGACAUGCCCUAUCUCGAGACCCUUGAGUUCCACAAGCUGACAAAUAUUACCGGCCCGAUACCGCCCUCCAUUUCCAAUCUCAUACAUCUCAUUUCACUCAGACUUAGCGACCUCAACCUCACUGGCCCAGUACCUGACUCUCUUAGCAAACUCAAGAAUCUGAGAGUAUUGGUCCUGUCUUUCAACAGCCUCUCAGGAUCAAUACCAAGUUCACUCGCUUCGCUGCCGGAAAUUGAUAUUCUUGAAUUGGAUAGGAAUAAUCUUACUGGUCCUAUCCCAGAAUCAUUCGGCAACUUUGCAGGCAGGGUACCGGGUAUUUCCCUGUCUCAUAACCAACUUUCUGGUAAAAUCCCUGCUUCAUUAGACAACACAAACUUUCGUUUGAUUGAUUUCUCACGCAACAAACUUGAAGGUGAUGCUUCCAUGCUUUUUGGGCCAAACAAAACUAGUGGAAGUGUGGAUCUCUCCAGGAAUUUGCUGGAGUUUAAUCUUUCAAAGGCGGUGUUUCCCAACACUUUGACAUAUUUGGAUGUUAAUCACAACAAGAUUUUCGGGAGCAUUCCUACUCAGAUGACUCAGUUAAAUUACCUAUCCUUGAACGUGAGUUACAACAGGCUUUGCGGUCAGAUUCCCCAAGGUGGUAAAUUACAGACCUUAGAUUACACCGCAUAUUUCCAUAAUAGGUGCUUGUGCGGCGCUCCACUGGCAAGCUGCAAAUAGGCAGUGGCCUGAGGGCAACUCCUACUCAGGUGCUAAAUGAAGAAUCAAAAAUAAAAAAAUAAUAUUUUAGUUUUUCUUUACUUGUUUUUCAUGCUCAAGGGGAAGUUAAAUAAAUUACUACAGUGCAUUUCCUCUUUUUA